AUGUCAGAAAAAGAAAAUUCCAAGAAAUGCUCAGAGCGGAAUGGAUCUUCGCUCCAGGCAAUCAAGAAGUACAUCGAGCAGAACUUCGAUGUCCAGAUGGACCGACAGCUCAUUUUCAUCAAGAGGGCUCUGAAGGCUGGUGUGGUGAAGGGCAAACUUACGCAGACAAAGGGUGAAGGUGCUCCGGGGUCAUUCAGAUUUAAUGUGCAAGCAGCCAAGGCACAACCAGCGGAGAAGGCCAAGAAGGAGAAAGAGGCCAAACAGCAAGCACAGCGGGAGAAGGCAAAGGCGAAAUCUGCAGCCCAGAAGGAGAAGAAGAAGAAGGCAGCCGCUAAGAAGGCAAAGGCAGCACCAAAGAAAGUGAAGAAGCCUGCAAAGAAGACUAAGACCACUGAGAAGAAAGAAAAGAAAAAGACACCAAAGAAGAAAGUCCCUGCCAAGAAGUCGACACCCAAGAAGGCGACAAAGAAGGCAGUAACCAAGAAGCCAAAGGCUUCGAACCCCAAGAAACCCCAAGAAAAAAUAUAUAUAUUUACAAAAUCUAGAAAUUAUUGCAACUUUCACGAUUGUUGUGAGACCUACCCCUGGGACCACUUAUUUCACAGUUACUAG